CAUUUUAGUUGCACAUCAUAUCUGGCAUGCGAGAAUUUAUUUAUUUUUUGUUUGUUUUUUGUUUUGUUUUUUGUUCACGUUCUAUAUUUGAACGACAUUUAAUACCGGAAGGUCCAUACGCGAACACAACUGUUACGUAUUCUGUCAACAUCAUGGCGUUACUGUCAAUAGGGCAAAUCUAACGGGAACUGUUGAGUUUAUUUUCUUAGGCUCUUUAGUUGUUAGAGGCCGUUUCGAGCCUGGUCGUUAAAAUGUUCAGUUUCACUAAAGUUAAACUAGCUGUAAUAGGGAUAGGACGGCAGUGCGUUGCGGUACGGGCUUUUAAUGGAGCGCGAGCGGUGUGCAGUGGAUUCGCGUCCUCGCGCGAUCAGGAAUCCAUUACAUCUGACAGUGAGCUCUAUGACAUUAUAAUAUCCGGCGGGGGAAUGGUGGGCACCGCGAUGGCAUGUUCGCUGGGACUUGAUCCAAAUUUGACAGGGAAGAAGAUUCUUUUGCUGGAAGCUGGUCACAAAAAAGAGAUGGACAGGGUACCAGAGACCUACAGUACAAGGGUCAGCUCCAUCAGCCCAGGCUCAGCAACACUUCUUAGUGGUCUUGGUGCGUGGGACCAUAUUGUCAAUAUGAGGUGCAGGCCGUAUAAUAAAAUGCAGGUUUGGGAUGCUUGUUCAGAUGCCCUGAUUACGUUUGAUAUGGAGAAUCUGCAGGAUGAGAUGGCAUACAUCAUUGAGAACGACGUCAUUGUGGCCUCACUCACAAAACAGCUGCAGACCCUCUCUGACCAUGUUGAAGUGCAGUACCGAACAAAAGUGGUGAAAUACACCUGGCCCAGGCCGUACCACAUUGCUGAGUCCAUCCCUUGGGUUCAAGUAGCACUGGCUAAUGGAAAGACUCUCCACACCAAACUUUUAAUUGGUGCUGAUGGGCCGAACUCAAUGGUGCGGAUAGAGUCUGGCAUCCCCACUGUCAAAUGGAAUUACGACCAAUCGGCUGUUGUCGCCGUUUUGCAUUUAUCUGAGCCCACAGAAAAUAACGUGGCCUGGCAGAGGUUCCUCCCGACUGGACCCAUUGCAAUGCUUCCUUUGUCUGACACGGAGAGCUCACUGGUCUGGUCCACCAGUCAUGAGCAUGCUGAAGAACUUCUACAGCUGGAUGAGGAGAGCUUUGUGGAUGCCAUUAACACUGCAUUUUGGAGUAAUGAGAACCAUUCUGAGCUGGUGGAGACUGCUGGCUCUUUGUUCCAGACUGCCCUGUCUGUCCUCAUGCCCGACAGUGGCUUCGCACGCCAGCUUCCACCUAGCGUGUCAGGAAUUGGCCCAAAAAGCCGGGUCAUGUUCCCACUGGGUAUGGGUCAUGCCACAGAGUACAUCCGCCACAGAGUUGCCCUCAUUGGAGAUGCUGCACACAGAGUCCAUCCAUUAGCAGGCCAAGGUGCCAAUCUAGGCUUUGGCGAUGUGGCCUGUCUCACGCAAGUUCUUAGCCAAGCAGCAUUUAAUGGGAAAGACCUUGGAGCCAUGCAGCACCUGUUGGAGUACGAGACUGAACGCCAACGGCACAAUCUUCCAAUGAUGGCAGCCAUUGACCUCAUGAAGAGGCUCUACUCAACUAAUGUUGCACCUGUGGUUCUGCUUCGGACCCUCGGCCUUCAAGCUACCAAUGCACUAACACCUCUUAAAGAGCAGAUCAUGGCCUAUGCCAGCAAGUGAAGACUAGCUGCACACUGGAUGUUUGCAGGAUCUCUAAAAAAUUAUGUCAACUUUAUUCAUGUAAUGUAAAAGUAUAAAUUAAUAAAUCAUUUUUUUUUUCCUGUUUUCAUCGGCGAUCUUUUUAUGCCUUUUUUUCCAAAUACCCAUGACCCAUAUGAAAAAGUUAUACAAAAUCUAAUUACAAGUUAUAUCAGCCUACCUUCUUUGAUUUGUAUGUUCUGAGUCUGCCCUGUGUCUUAUAUAUACUUAUUGUUGGCUUUAUUCUAUGAAAGUGGCCCAUUUCAUGGCAUGCAACUUGUAAAAGAAAAAUACAGACCUGCAUGAUUCAUAUGUAACUAUUAUAAGAAACCAGCAGAGAUUUUCUUUGCGAAGUGGUUGUCCAAACAUAUGACUUUUCUAUGAAUUUUGUAUGUUUAUCACCAAAUACAUUUUCAGGUAGAACAUUGUAUCUUAUCAUUUUUACGUAUGAGUAGUCUAUCUUCACCACUGUUAAUGUAAGAACUGAGACCUCAGUUGAUAUAUCCUGUUUUACACUGAUUUAACCUAGAAUAAAUUUUUCAGAAGUACAAAAUUUGGCAUAUUCAAGAAUAUUAUUGUCCACUGGUAUGUUUGUUUAUUUUAAAGCUGGAUUAUCAAAUCUUCAAGAAAAAAAAACUAUCACUUUUAAUGUGGUGUAUUUAUGAAUUAAACCUGUCAGAAUUUAAAAGUAGCCUAAUUUAUACAGAAAUGUGUGAAUAAAAUAUUUAUGGUGGAGAAUUACCUAAAUUUA